AAACGGGAGCUUGUGCGUUCCUCUUCUUCUUCCCUUUGCCGAGGUCGAGAAACUUGUGCUAAUCCCGCUCAGCUCGCAGUGAAGUCCAAGACAGAUUGGGAUAGCGUAGAGGUGAUCUCGUCAAAAGCUGAGAUUCUUGCCAAAUAUCGGACACGCUAUGGAAGUGUUCAAGAUGUUGGCCGUUCUCUUUGUCAUCCAGCUUGGUGCACUUGUUAAAGGUGACAGUCGUGGCAUCACUGUGUCUCCCCAGAGUGCCAGCCGUAUGGAAUCCGAAUACGUCGUCUUUGACUGCUUUCUUAACGACUUGCCUCUAGACAGCAUUGUGAAUAUCUCCUGGACCAAGCAAGGUGGCGACGUGGAUAUGGAACGGGCUGUUCGCUUCUCAACCACGGCUAGGCAGAGUGCGCACCUCCUCCUGUAUAACUUGCGUCCGGAGGACGAGGGUAGUUACGAGUGCCAUGGGUUCAUCAAUGGGAACGAUAGCCUGGACGCCGUUGGUGUGUUUGCAGCAGCAGCUCGGUUGCUUGUCUUGCCAUACCCGCAUCAGAGUGUCAACGUCCUAGCCACUGGCACACAGCCAGAUCAUGCCAUGCCACUGGUGCCAGCGCAGAUAGACAAUAAAACACAGCAGGAAUAUACCAUGCCGUUGGUGCCAGCGCAGAUAGACAAUAAAACACAGCAGGAAUAUACCAUACCAUUGGUGCCAGCGCAGAUAGACAAUAAAACACAGCAAGAAUAUACCGUGCCAUUGGUGCCAGCGCAGAUAGAUCCUAAUACACAGCAAGCGUACACCAUCCCUGCAAAGCCAGCAACGGACAUAACAGACCCGCAUCAGAGUGUCAACGUCCUAGCCACUGGCACACAGCCAGAUCAUGCCAUGCCGCUGGUGCCAGCGCAGAUAGACACUGAUACACAGCAAGAAUAUACCGUACCAUUGGUGCCAGCGCAGAUAGACCCUAAUACACAGCAAGAGUACACCAUCCCUGCAAAGCCAGCAACGGACAAAACAGAUCAUAAUUCGACCGAUUCCCAACAAGAUGCCCGAUCCGGAGGUUCGAGUGGCGCUCAGGCAUGGAGACCGCGGCCUGCACCUCGGCACAGUAACAUUAUUCCACAAGACGGAUCGGCGAUUAGCUGUCUGCAGACGGCGCACAUCAACACGCACAAGGAGCGAGAGAGCACGAUCCGUAAGUUCAAGUUUGGAACGGCUGCCAGCAAGGAAGAAGUGACGGUCCACUGCAUUGGGCAAUCAUCGGCUGUGGAGAUUGGCUACAAAAUUCACAAUGACCCGUCCAUGUCCACACUGCUGUUCCCCGGUUUCAACGAAGAGCUACCGCAACCAUUGACACGGGACAUUCAGCGCGUUUCGGCACUUAACUUCAGACCGAAUGAUUUGCGAGACGCGUCUGGUUUUCAAUUCGGCUGUCGCCCCCGCGGAUCAAGCGCAAACGUGACUUGUGCUCAUUCAGCAGACAAGUGCCUCAAGUUUGUCGUCACCAGGAGGCACAUGCUCGUUUUCCCCAAGGACCGCAUAUGCCCUAACGGCUUGUAA